UUCUGGUUGAAAUGUCGCUACACUAUCAGUGGGAAUGUUUUCCUACUAAAAUGACCUGUCAUGUUUAUUAUAAUGCUAUCUACUUCACUCCUGGACAAAAGACAAAUGUCCAGAAAACGAACUCUGAUAACUUGAAAAUAGUGCAGCACUUAAAAGAUUACCUUAGCCAGAAUGCCAGACUGAUUGGAGAUCUGCAGAGUCUUCACCUAGGUCCCAUACCACAUUCUCCUAAAUUUGAAAAGUGAUAAGCUUACAGUCAGGAAGGCCCAGUGCAGUGUCCCAACCUUGGGUUCACCUUUCCAGGCUCUCGGUUUACCCGUUCGUCGGAUGGCAUAGUUCAAGUCUGAAAGCUGGGCAGGCACGGUUCCUGGUAUUGUUGAUUUUCAAACUCAGGGCAGGUUUUAAUUUCUCUGUAGACUGACUCUUUUGGGAAGGAUUUUUAAAUACCCACGUUGAUCAAGAUCCAGGGUUAGAAAGAACUGCAGACAGCCUCGACUACAUAAACUCAGCACAGGUAGUUUAAAUAUCUGAGUCUCCGUGUCUGACACAGAAGAUGAAGGAUCGGGGAUAGGGCUGUCUCCCCUGAUCACUGUCCCUGGCCGAGGUGUAGAUAUUAACAUCUAUUCGAUGACCCCCUCACUGGCUGGCUGAAUGCUCAUCUUGCCGAACUCCUGUUUUUAGAGGGAAGAGAACAGCAAAGCAACAACGGAUGUGCGAACACAGAGCAGAGAAAAAUGCAUAUUUUAUUAAACAUUCGAGCUGCUGGGUGCAUGAAAAGGCUUUAAGCAACCAAUAGAAACCGAGGACUGGGAAUGUUCUCUUGAACCUGUUGAUCUCUGUGGGUUUAAGCUUUUUAGGGUUGAGUCUGCCUUUCCACCAGGGAGGGAGAAAGGCAGAACCGAAGCAGCCCUGGGUUUCUCGGACCACCCGCAGCUGCUUUUCUUUUUUUGCCUUUUGGCCCUGAGUGGGAGGCGAGCCCUCCAGGCUGCCAACAUGGCGUGGGCACCUUUGCUCAAGCGACUUGGGUCGGGCAGUGGGGACGGAAACUGUCUGGCUGCCCAGGAUACCAUCGCUAGAGUCUAACCCGAACCCUGGGGCAAUGCGGUCACCGGGAUGCGGCUUCCAGAGCAGUGCGGCACCGGUGUCUUGCUCCCCGCUGCGACCCUUCGGCCCACUUGUUUCUAAAUUAGAUCAGCAAGUUUAUGGGAGUCAAAGGACCAGAGGCAUUGAGAGGCCGCCUAACAAGGGGCCAGCCCGCUGGUAAUGGCUGGCGUGAAAGGCCAGUGAGUGGCCUCUCCGCGCCCUUCUACCAAGACCGCGCUUUGGGAGAGGCCGGGCUCGGCGCUUGUGAUUUCUUGUCCCCGGAGUUGAAGGAUCGCAAAGAGGAUGCGAAAGGGAUGGAGGACGAAGGCCAGACCAAAAUCAAGCAGAGACGAAGUCGGACCAAUUUCACCCUGGAACAACUCAACGAGCUGGAGAGGCUCUUUGACGAGACCCACUAUCCAGACGCCUUCAUGCGCGAAGAACUGAGCCAGCGGCUGGGGCUGUCAGAGGCCCGAGUGCAGGUUUGGUUUCAAAAUCGAAGAGCUAAGUGUAGAAAACAAGAAAAUCAACUCCAUAAAGGUGUUCUUAUAGGGGCUGCUAGCCAAUUUGAAGCUUGUAGAGUUGCACCCUAUGUUAAUGUAGGUGCUUUAAGGAUGCCAUUUCAGCAGGAUAGUCAUUGCAACGUGACGCCCUUGUCCUUUCAGGUUCAGGCGCAGCUGCAGCUGGACAGCGCCGUGGCGCACGCGCACCACCACCUGCAUCCGCACCUGGCCGCGCACGCGCCCUAUAUGAUCCCGCGGCCGCCUUGGGUCUGUGACGCCGACGCCAGCGCCGACGUCGCGCCUCCGAGCGGGGCCCACCCUGCACGCCCUCCGCGUCCUGCUGCUUCUCGCCGCCUCCUCAGAGCCCCGGAGCCGACCCUCUCUCCGCCCCGCUGGCUGCCCCUCGUCUUUCUCUGCAUCCCGGACUCGGAGGGCCGUACUCUGCGCGGGACCCGGGAUCCCACUCGGCACAGCAGCCCCGUGGCUCCUGCCCUUUUUACUCCUAGGCCUAGAAUUCGGUUAAGUAGGAGCGGGUUUGGGGAAGUCUGGAGAGAGACUGGAUGGACGGGGGAGCGCUGGGACCGCUGA